AAAACGAAGGCGCCUAGUUUCAUUUGAAGGUCAACAGUAUGCUUCAUGUUGUGCGCGCUAUACGCGCAUUACUGAAGGCCCCUCCAGUUAUUUUAAGAAACAUAUCAACCAAUAAUAAUGUCUCGGACCUUUCUAAAAUUCGUAAUAUCGGUAUAUCUGCUCACAUUGAUAGUGGGAAGACAACACUUUCCGAAAGAAUUCUUUUCUACACCAACAGAAUAAACGAGAUGCACGAAGUUAGAGGCAAAGAUGGAGUUGGUGCUGUAAUGGACUCAAUGGAGCUAGAGAGACUCCGUGGAAUAACAAUUCAAUCUGCUUCAACCUUUACAAUGUGGAAAGAUUGCACUAUCAAUCUCAUUGAUACACCCGGUCACGUAGAUUUCACAGUCGAAGUUGAAAGAGCUCUUCGAGUACUUGAUGGUGCAGUUCUAGUAUUAUGUGCUGUCGGUGGAGUCCAAUGUCAAACAAUCACAGUGACUAGGCAAAUGGAUCGUUAUAAUAUACCUCGAAUCGCAUUUAUUAACAAACUUGAUCGCCAAGGUGCAGAUCAUGUUCGAGUUCUUAAUCAAAUAAGGUCAAAACUUAACUUCAAUUCAGCUUUUAUUAAUAUACCCAUAUGUCAAGAGCCAAAAAGUACAGGAAUAAUUGACUUGAUUAGUGAGACAGUUGUUUAUUUUGAUGAACCGUUUGGGUAAGUGUUUGAGUAAAGAUUUUUUCUCAUCAGUUUUUGUAUUCCCCUCUGUUAUAAUUCUCUCUUAGGGUUAUAACCCAGCUAUUCCUAUUGCUUAGUAUUCUCGGACACUGAUUCACUCGACAAUUCCCCAAAUAAGAACACGGUUGUUUAGGAAGUGAGUAAAUGCAAUAGGGAAAACGUUAGUAUAUUUAUAGUUUUUUCACAUGAGAUUUCUAGUGUUCACUAAGUAUUGGCUAAAGCUGGCUGGAUAAUAAUUAGCCAAUCAGCGUGCGCAAAGGCAAUGUACAUUGAGCAUGCUUUAAUCCAGUCUAGGUUCCGCUAACACCCUCCUUAGUUUUAAUGAAUAUUUUGUAUUCUCUCAUUUAGUGCUGUAAUUUAGUGGUCAACCUGUCUAACUUUUAACCGUUACUGAUACGGACCCCCUCCUCGUUUGCUUUGGGUUUUAACUGGGGAGCAGCGUUACCGGUCGUCAUACAAAGUGCGUUGCUCAAAUCCGUAUGAAAUCAUUAUUUAUCAGCCUCAAUCGUUUAUAAAACUGCGGACUACCAGAACGUGAUUCUUAAGGUUAAACGCGUUAACAACUGAAAAACAUGAAAUAGUGUUGAUCUCAUUGAUAUGAUGAUAUAUCUUACCAUAGUGUAACUCAUCAAGUAUACGUCCAUUCACUCCUGUCCAAUCCUAUUGUUUGUCUAAGGAGUAGUAAUGCUACUCAGCUACUUGAAACAAAGUAUAUAGAAUUGGAACCCGAACCGUUCAGUGGAUAACUCACCAUCCCAUGUUUUCUUGUUUACUAGAAUACAUUUACUUUCUAGCUGUUGUGUCUUGUUCUAUUAAACAAAAUAUGAAAAUUUUUCACCCAUUGAACUAUUGUGCUACAAUUUUUUAUUGUUAUUGUUGAUGAAUGAACUAAGGAGUUUUAGUAUCCUUGAUUUAAAGUUAAAUAGUAGUAUCAAAGGUAACUACUUCUCAUUUUAUUUUGUGAAGUAGUUUGGUUCAUCGAUUUUAUUUAAUUUUAUCGUUAAAUAUUGAUAAGGGUAAGAAAUAUCAUGUUUGUGUACACUCAUCCUAACUUGUGAUAACUAUGAUUAAUUUAUUUAAUUUUUGUUGCGUGUUAUUCUAUGACUCUAAAGUUGUGAUUCGUUGAGGUGUAAGCAUUUGAAUGUGAACUAGUUAGUUACAUAUCUACAUAGGCUUGGUCAAAGAGGAAAUGCGACUAACUUUCUAACAGUAAAUUUCACUUAAGAUCUAAGACAAGAAGAGUGAAUACAUCCAUGCCACUGCGACGGAUCUUAAGUCAUGUCAUCUAAGAUCUUCGACCAUUGGCCACGAUUGUUAUACGGAUCCCGACUGAAUAGUCUGAACCUACCAACGCGGCUCAGACUAUCAGUCAAUAACUUAAUUGUUCGAACCCUUUUAUCCCUCUUACAACCUAUUCCUACUCCAGUUACUUUCUCGCACAAGGGUAGAUUUCAGUUGCUCAUCGAUAAUGUAUAUCCCAAACACCUCGGUGGAUGAGAACUCAGCUUCAUCCACUGACUUAUUAUACAUCUUUAGUCUUAGGAUUUCUCACUCUGUUGUUCCAUGGUACUCAGGCUUCCGUUCAAAAAUAAUUUGAUCUUCUCUUAAUAUUUUAGUGACAAACCCGGUUUAUGAUAAGAAAAGACCAAUUUGUUUAAAUUGGUCGGUAAACUUGACUGAAGAGUAUAAUAAUAUCAUGUAACUGGAGUACUAUCUGUGAUUAGUUAUGGUUGCUAUACAGUUUAACGUGUCACAUUAACCUUACAUCUUUUGAUCUAAAAUGUACAAUUUAUCUUACUGUGAUUUUUCCCUAAUAGUUUAACUGUAAGACAGGAUGCUAUCCCAUCUUCCAUGUUAGCCGAAACUAAAGAACGUCGUGCUGAAUUUAUCGGUAAUUUUGUUUUGUUUUAAUGAAAUAUAGUUUAUUUUUAUUUAGUCUUAUGUUUUCCCUUUCAUUAUUCACCUUUUUGCUCUGUUAACUUAAUGGUUGCGUAACAGCUCAGGACCAAUCUGAACGCCGUAAAUACAUUUACUCUUUGUAUUCCCUUAGAUAUUGAGUUUCAAAAUUAUUUUACACGUUUUUUUCUAUAUGACCAUAUAACUUUGCAACAGUAUGUGAUUUAUUCAAACUUGCUUGGUAUGUAAGAAUGAAAUGUGUUAUAAUUUCUCUUAUUACUACCCAGCUAUUCCUAUUGCUUAAUAUUCUGGGACACCAAUUCACUCGACAAUUACCCAAAUCAGAACAUAGUUGAACAGGAACGAAGUUAUAUUCCAUACAACAUGGGUAGAUGUAAGUAAGAAGCACAAUAAGAAAAAAAACGUUAAUAUAUUUAUAGUUUUUACAUGAAAAAAGGGGCAUAAUACAGGUUGACCAUGAUAAAUGUCGACAAUAUACUAUUCCACUGGGUGAAAUCAUGAGUCAAUUGGAGCUAUACCACCAUGGAAAACCUGGAAGCACUGGACGGCCGUUUCGUCCUAGUACGGGGCUCCUCAGCAGUGCGCAUCCACGAUCCCGCCUAGCGAAAUUCGAACCCAGGACCUAUCAGUCUCGCGCCAGGCGCUUAACCAACUAGAACACUGAACCGGCAAUGUUAAUGUCUAACUUCAACCAAUAUACUAUUUAUGAAAUGUUGUUUACGAGAAUUCACAAUCGAGAAGACUAAGCGAAAAUUAUCUACCUGAAGUUCAGAGCAUAAUCAUAUGUAGCCAGAUCUAUUAAAGUUUCGUAGUUACUUUCCUAGGUUUUGAUAAGCUUCUUUAUUGGUAUGGUUUAUCUUUAGCCAGCCCGUAGUUUAUAAAAGAAACUGACACUUUAAAAGCCAUCUAGAACGUAGAUACUUAGUUGAUGACCGGAUCACGUUGCAAUUCUUAUGAGAAUGUAUCAAAUAUAUUUUCUUAACCAUAAGAUAAACAAGUUUUGUUGCGCUAAUAUUUUUCUUCUUGAAUUAAGCCAUUACUUGUGUAUAUCAUUGUACUGAGAUCAAAUGUGAUAACAUAGUGCGUGACACACUUCCUAUCGGUUUUUGGUGCAAGUUUUCUAUAAUUCAGUGGAAAACUUUGCGGUAUGCUUUGGAUCUUAACUAAUUUCAUCAAGUUUUUAUGGGGUAAAAUUACUUAGGUUACGAAAGGCGGCCGCAGCCGGCUCAGUGGUCUAAAGGUUAAGCGUUCGCACGCGAGACUGAUAUGUUCUGGAUUCGAAUCUCGCGGGGCGGGAUCAUGGAUGCGCACUGCUGAGGAGUCCCAUACUAGGAUGAAACGGCCAUCCAGUGAUUCCAGGUUUUCCAUGAUUGUCUAGCUUCAGUUGACUCACGAAUUCAAUUAUUAAACGAAUCUAAUACCUACAAGUCAAAAAUCUGGUUACAAUUUUACUUGUUUGACGUCUUACUUCGUUAGUUCAAUCUUUUAUUGAAUCGAACUUUUUUCCAUGGUUAUUAUUUUCUAACAUUCUUUCUCUUCUUACAUUCCAGAAUGUUUAGCUAAUGCUGAUGACGAGAUUGGAGAAGCAUUUUUAAGUGAAAAGCCAUUAACUCAAACUGAAUUAAAAGCUGGUUUACAUAGAGCUACACUUGCAAGACGAUUUGUUCCAGUUUUAGUUGGUUCAGCAUUACGUAACCGUGGUGUACAGCUUUUACUCGAUGCCAUUUUGGAUUAUUUGCCUAAUCCUGGAGAAGUAAUCUAUCAUGCUUUGAAUGAAAGUUCUGGUGAAACUAGAAAGGUCCCACUGAAACCUGAACGAAGCAGUGAUAAUCCAUUCCUGGGACUGGCUUUCAAACUGGAAGCUAGUAAAUUUGGUCAGUUAACUUAUAUGCGUAUCUAUCAAGGUUGUUUACGUCGUGGUGAUUCAGUGAGAAAUUCUCGUACAGGUCGUCGUAUUCGAGUGUCUCGACUUGGUCGAUUAAAUGUUACAGAAUUAGAAGAUUUAGAAGCUGUCUAUGCAGGAGAUAUUGCUGCAUUUUUCGGUGUUGAUUGUGCAUCUGGUGAUACAAUGGUUGAUGUAAAUAUGAAAGAACCAUUAGCUAUGGAAUCAAUGUUCAUCCCAGAACCAGUUGUAUCAAUGUCAGUUAAACCGACAAAUAAAUCAACUAUUGAAUCAUUUAGUAAGGGUUUAGCACGAUUUACACGUGAAGACCCAACGUUUAUUCUUUCGCAAGAUUCUGAUACUGGUGAAUCAAUAGUGUCUGGUAUGGGGGAAUUACACUUGGAAAUUUAUGCUCAACGUUUAGCACGAGAGUAUAAUGCACCAUGUACAUUAGGUAAACCUCGUGUUGCAUUUCGUGAAACAUUAAGUGAACCAUUCGAAUUUGAUUAUCUUCAUAAACGACAAUCUGGUGGUGCUGGUCAAUAUGGUCGAGUAAUCGGUAUACUUGAACCUUUACCUCCUAAUUCUUAUACAAAAUUGAUUUUUUCCGAUGAAACAGUUGGUACAAAUGUACCUAAAAAUUAUGUUCCAGCUAUUGAAACUGGUUUUCGUAAUUCUUGUCAAGUUGGUCAGUUAGCCGGACAAAAAAUUACUGGUUUACGAUUUCGUUUACAAGAUGGAGAUAAUCAUUGUGUAGAUAGUAGUGAUUGGGCUUUUCAACAAGCAGCUGAAGGUGCUAUGAAACAAGCUAUGGAUGAAGGUUCCUGGUUAUUAUUAGAGCCAAUUAUGUAUGUGGAAGUAUCUGCACCAGCAGAAUUUCAAGGUGUAUUAAUUGCCACUGUAACACGACGUAAUGGUCUUAUUGUCAGUACGGAAGUUAGUGAAUCUUAUGCUAUGGUUAAUGCAGAAGUACCAUUAAAUGAUAUGUUUGGCUUUUCCGGUGAAUUACGCAGUAUUACUGAGGGUAAAGGUGAAUUUACAAUGGAGUAUCUAAAGUAUUGUCCAACUCGACAAGCAACUAGCGAUGCAUUAAUUGAAGAAUAUGAAGCAGCUGAAGAGGCGAAAUUGAUUGCUAGCGGUAAAGGUGGAGCAAUUACUAGAAGAAAGAAGAAGUAAUUGAUUAUCGACUCUUAUUGAAGGGACUAAGACAAGCAAGUUAUUCAAUUGUUAUUUAUCAUUCUUAAAUCAAGUCUACUAAAUAAGUCGAAAUUUUAAUAUAGGAAGCUGUUGUUGACGAAUAUCAUGCUAACGAUAAUCCAUAAAUGUUGUUACGGGCUUGUCAUAUAAGUGCUCACUGCUUAAUAAGGCUCUCGGAUUAUAACGAAGUAAUUCCCAAAUCCUUGCUGAUGAUAUCCAAUGAUGCUAUUCAACUGACAUUUGUUUGUGACGACAAUUAUCUUUGAGUUAGUAUUUGUUGAAAGGAAAAGGAUGUGAAGUCUCCAGGAAAUCGCUUAUUGAAUCAUUAUUUUUUUGAAGUUGAAUCUAUGUUUUUUCCUUUGAAACCGUCAGUCGUGUUUAAAGGUGCUGUUUUUUUAUUGGUUCGUGUCUUUUACUGUACUAAGUUCUUGAUGUACUUCUGAGUUCAUUGUACACGUGCUCAUGCACGUAUUUCGCUUGCUUAGAUCCGUAUGCUUUAUUCUCUACCAAAUAAAUCUUCAUUGGGAGGUUAGAUUGGUCAGAGUUGAAAGAAACAGAGUGUUUUUGCACUUAAUAAUCAAAACUAAGCCAAAAGUUUAUGCCUUUUAGUUCAAGAGAAAUCAUAUCCCAAUCUGUUGGGUAUGAAUAAUAUCACAGAAUAUUUUGUUAAUAGCACUCAAUAUGAAAAUAAGCAAAUUAUUCAGGAUACGUACCACAUAAAUACAAUGAAAUAAUAUUAGUAACUAGUGUAGACAAAUCGUUUACAAGUAAGCAGAGCGAAAUAAAACGCUGAGAUUAUGGUUGGCAAAUUUUACUGUAUUCAAUCUUUAGAAAAGUUUGAAAAUCACUUGACCUACUUAUAUUAGUAAGUAGUUUGGGGUAAUAUACAAAAAAAGAUGGUCAUGACAUGUGUAUUUAAAUUCCGCUAGUCUAGGAAGGCAGAGUUGAUUGGAAAAAUGUAUAAACUUAGGAAUGGGCCUUUAGAAAUUUCUAUGCAAAUCACUUGAAACUGUUAUCAGGUAAAUCUAGUGGUUUUUAAUUACCCCAAAAUGCUCUAGUACGACCGAGGAUGACGGAAAGUUCGCUUCCCCUCGCGGAAUGCCCUCACAUGGCCUACUCACUACCUUCUGGCGGCGGCAGAAUUGUUUACGAAAUUGAGAGGAUAGAAGGUGGAUUUACGGUGCUUUAACCGGGUUGAUGAGUACAGAAUAUCCACCUAGGGGAGUUGGGAAACCCUGAAUCCACACCAAUGAUGCACAUGGGCUCUAGGAUCCCGAGGGAACAAAUGGCAUAUAAACUUAUUGUUGAACGCCGGAUACCGUGGAACGUCGCCUCCUGUUAAUAAUUAACAGAUAAACACAACAUGAUGUACACCCUACAGUUAGAAUUGAAACUGAUUACUGAACGUUAUUAAGUAGUAUAAUACCGUAUAUACGAGAGUCAGAAAAGAAGAGAAUUUACAUAGAAUGCAAACGGACAUGACAGUAAUAGUUUGCUUAUUAUCCUGAUUAUUAUAAACUAAUAAGUGACAAACCUCUGUUUUUUCUCUCACCUUAUUUUACAUAUCUUCCCUUCCUUAUGAAAGAAUUGAUUUAAGAAGUCAAUGAAGAGGAAGGAUUAUUCUCUUUCUGAUGGUAAAUCAUUCAUACAUAUGUCUUUCUCAACUGUAAAAAGAACAUCAUUCAUAUAUACAAUGUAUAUUUUCCGUGUCACCUUGUCCCUGUUGUUUGUAGUUUGUUUUAAUAAAUUGAUUUGAUACUAGAAAUUAUUUCUAUUUUGUUCUCAAUAUUAUUUUGGCAACGUUGUGACAAAAUCCGACUCACACGUCCGCGUCGUGCCUCCUGAAUAGUGGGACAGAUGAUCUAUGAAUUAACGUGAGCGGUAACCCGAAUGGUAGAGGUCGAGAUAAUCACCCACUCGACCGAUACCCUCAAACGAUUACGAACUCCACCAAGAAAAGCAGCACAAUGACUCUUGGAUGGGAAAACGACAAAAAACUUACUAAAGUGGUGCAUGUAAUGUACGGGGUUGCUCCUUACGGGGAAAACUCCAACUGGUUGCAGAAACAGCUAUUCUAGCCCCGGUAGUUGUGCAGUGCUUCAAUGUGGCCUGUUUCUCUCCAGAUGGGCCUACUAGGCUUCACCAACCUGUUUGGCUGGAAGGGGGGCAAGGGGGGGGAAAGAUUGUGACACUCAGUAAGUAUCUGUCCGGAUCCUGGUCUACUCACCAUUACUGAUACACUAAUACAAAUCGAUAACCAAGUCAAGUAUACACAGUAAUAAUUGUUCAGUAAUUUUUUCGAUGAAUAUCAUCCAGAUAAUUCAUUUCAAAUUUUUAACCAUAAUGAAUUAGCUGUAGGUUCGUUCCCGUAAUAAUAGUCAGUGAGCAAAGCAGAUAUAAACAUUCUUUAUUUUUCCAAUUUGUUGGGGUUCAUAUUCACAAAUAAUUCGAAUUAAAAGCUUUUUAGUCACCCUAUUUAUUCCGUCUAAAAGUUGAUUACCUGAUUUUGUGGGGAAAAAACUCUGCCCAUGUAAAGAUGUUAUGUAGAAUUUUCAUGACACAGAAUGAAAAUAGUCAGGUAUAUAAUAGUGAAGGGAGUUUUUUCAUCGUUCCAGAAAUUUUAAUAAUAAUCUUAGUGGUUGUUAUUCUAUGUACUUCAUAUCAAGAUGAACUUGUGUUCUGUAUGUUUUUAUUUGUUUCCAUCCACUUAUCCGAAAAGUAGCUCAGUACCAAUAUCUCUUACUGUGAUUAUAGGUAACACGAAGUUGAAUUGGUCAGGGUCUAUUAGUUUCCUCAAGAUUUCAGGCACACCUUAACGACUUGUCUCAAAUAGCACAAAACUGUUAUGUCGGGGAGUCACUUCCUGCUUUUCAACUAUGUUGGGUCUUCACUCUUACUGCUUUUACUGGACAAUUGGGGGCCACUGCAAUUCCGAAGAUAAAAAGUGAGAACAUGAAAGAUCGGAGUAAUGAAGAUCUAUUGACUCCCCAGAAUCAAGUCUCAAAACACAAUCAUUUCUAUAGUACUUUUUACUCAAUUUAUAAUGAAACAUAAAGGAAGAAAUGUGUAGAGUCAACUGCGAAAAUGUACACUAAUUAUAGUUGAUGCGAACUGAUAUAGGAAAUAUAAUUUCCACACUUGUCAUAUAGAACAAAGUUUAUACUGAAUUGACAAAAGAUAAGAUUGACCUAAAUAAUAUCAUCUUUCUAUCCCGUCAUAUAAAAGACCUAGGUCCAGGUAUUUCUACUAACUAAUUUCAACCACCUUACAUCUCAACAUUAUACGUGCAAUAUCGAGUCAUCUAGGCUGGUAACCACAUUACAGUGUGAUCAAUAAAAUUCUAUCACCACUAAGUAGGACUUGGCAUACAGGACGGGAUAUAUGUAUCCCUUUGGAAAUCACACAUUUUCUGACUGAUCGACAAAAUGGCAUCGAAUUAAUUUACAAAUAAUCAUAUCUUUAUUUGUAGGACAGGUACACUAAUAUUCAGUGAUGGCAGUACAGAAAGGAAAGAAUAAACGUAUGCGAAAACUGUUUCAUAAUCGUGAAAGGUUUAGUUAAAAUUAUUGUGCGAAAUGUCAUCACUAAUUCUCGCUGUGUGUUUUACUGUCCAGAAAUAUCUGGAAAUUGGGACAUUAAGUGUGGUAAAUCCGCCUGAGGAUUAAAGACUGAACGAUUGAAUCAUGCAGAAAAUCCCGAAUCCAAACAAGGAUAAAAGCUUUGAUUGAGAUCACGAAUCGAUUGAUGUUAGACCACUAUUGAAAAUCUGGAAACCGUUAUCUACUUCAAACAAUGGAAGAUGGUUGCACAAUUUCGCGGAUUGGUUGAAGUUAGACAUUAACACCGUUGGAUACCGACUCAGUGGUUUAGUGGUUAAGCGUUCGCGCGCGAGAUCGAACGUCCUUGGUUCGAUGGAUACUGCUGAAGAGUCCCAUACUAGAAUGAAACGGCCAUCCAAUGCUUCCAGGUUUUCAAUGGUGGUCAAACAUCAAUCGACUCAUGAUCCUAAUAAAAGAUUUUAUAAUUUCCUCAUACCUCAAGAUAGAAUUUGCUUGCAGGACGAUACUACUAAUAAAUGAUAUCAUAAGUAGUACGUCUUACAAUCUUCUGUGUGUGAAGUAUCUAGGUAGUAACACUCGUCAAAGUAUGGUCAAAGAAGAAUUGUUUUUGGUAAUAGUUACGUAAGAAUAAUUAACG